AUGGCUGAGAAUUCAUCAGUAUGGCCACCUAAACUUGAUGAAAAUCAAAUCAAAGAUCAUUCAGAUGUACCUGCUCAUCAUAAAACAGAUGAAGAAGUUAAUAAAGAUGUAUAUGCAGCGCCAGGUGAUGUUACCAGUGUAGCUGCACAAAAAACAUCUGCUGAAGGAAAUGCAUCCAAUGAUGCAGCUAAUUCUCAAGCUUCUGAGCCACGAACAUCUACAAAUCAAAGUGCUGUCAGUCAAGAAAGUGUAAAUCGACCCAAAUAA